AUGAAUGGCGAUGGGAUUUGUCGAUCGAGGCCUGGAAUGCCGCCGGCAACGAGCAUUGCGCCCCCUCCCGACGCUUGCGAUUGCGCGCUGGAUCAAUCUGCCUUUCCCGUUUGCUUGGCGAGCAACGAGCGCCUAAACCCUGUGACGCAGCCCUCUAGCUGUGCUACGGGACAAUGGACGAUGAGAUUUCUCCUAUCUAGAGCUCGAGAAACGGCUAGCAAUCGCUGCAUUGCUUGCUAUCGAUCCGGAAUAGGCGGCGUCCCGCCGGUUGAUGACCUCUCAAAGCAGGAGAAGCUCGAGGCGCGAGUUUUUCCUGAGGGGUGGAGCUCCAGUGCGCGAAUCAAGAGGCUGGAUGCUACCUCGCUCGAGCAGAUUCGAAGAGGAAGCCUCUACCUAGAUAUGAUGUAUUACACAACUGAACCGGAUGUGCAUGGAAAUGAAGCAUCUCCAGUUGCGUUUGCCAUUGCCGAGCUCCUCGAGUCCAUUCCCUUGUUCAUGUGGAGUUUGAAUGUGUAUGGCGGUCGGUACCAAACUUCAGAGCUGCCUGCUUCAAGCAGCCAUAGUGUUCCUCGUCUGCACUUCGUUUUGCAAUUCAUUCUUAAACACGAGGACAUCUCGGUCAAGGUGCAUCAAUCGCCAUUGCUUUGCUGCGCGCCUAGCGCUCGGCUCGACCUCUCCGGCAAGCGCGUUGUGGUGGUUGGAUUGGGUUCCUCCGGCAGGGCUGCGAUUAGGCUUGCCCUGCUUCGUGGAGCCAGUGUCAUUGCUGUGGACAAGAAUGACAAGCUUGCGCCUCUCAAGGAAGAUCCUGCAUUCCAUGGCUAUGAAAUGGAUCGGGUCAGCACCGAGCUCGGUCCUCAUCAACUGGAAACGUUUCUCAGUGCUUCCAGAAUUGUUGUCUCGCCAGGAGUUCCACUUAGCGAGCCCAUUCUCGCCUAUGCCAUGGACUCGGGCAUUCCAACGAUAUCGGAGCUCGGAUUUGCUGCUGAAGCGUUCCCGAAAGCUGUGAAAAUUGCUGCUGUGACAGGCACCAACGGAAAAUCUACGGUCACGACCUUUACUGGUCAGAUUUUGCAGCAAGCUGGAGUGCGGACUUUCGUAGGAGGAAAUCUCGGGACACCAUUCUCUGAUGCUGCGUGCGAGUGUUUUAAGUUCCCUUCCGACGAUCCUCCUUACCAGGCAGCGGUUUUAGAAGUUAGCAGCUAUCAACUGGAGCUUCCGGGAUCUUUUUCCCCGUCUGUUGGCGUGAUUCUUAACUUGUCGCCCGACCACUUGGAGCGCCACAAGAGCAUGGAAAACUAUGGCGAGACAAAGUGCCGGCUGUUUGAGCGUAUGGAUUCCUCGAAGUUAUCCAUCAUUCCUCAUGCGGACGAGUUCCUGAGAAAGGUUGCAUAUAAGUAUAACAGUGGCAGCACCAAAGCCUGGCUUGGAGCACUCCCUGGCGUUCAGCUUGAUAGCCAGGCAAGGCGAGCCGUCGUGGUGGUUCCAACAACGAAAGCUGAAGCCCGAUUAUAUCUCAGUGGAUUGAAAGCUGUUGGUUCCCACAAUGCUCAGAAUGCUGCCACUGCUUCCUUGCUCUCUCUCGCGCUGGACGUUGGUGUCGACGAGCACAAACUGCAGGCAGCGAUUGGACAACUCACACCUUUACCUCAUCGGAUGCAAAUUGUUGGACAAGACAAGAAAGGUGUUUUGUGGAUCAACGACAGCAAGGCCACGAAUGUGGAUGCAGCUUACACGGGCAUCAAAGGCCUCGCCGAUCGAAAAGCUGUUAUACUCCUCGGAGGUCUCGCGAAGGUGCUUGAUGAGGAUGGAAGCCUUGGAUUCAAGAAACUAAGCGAUCUCCUACAAAAUCACAGGGCCAUCGUCACAUUCGGUGCAUUUGGCGAACAGAUCGAGAAAGAGUUGAAGGAAGCCAACGUUUCAAUCCCAUGCUUCCGUUCCCUGACCAUGGAAGAUGCUGUAGCUAGAGCUGAGAAACUCUCCAAACAAGGAGAUAUAAUUCUUCUCAGCCCAGCUUGUGCCAGUUUUGACGAGUUUCGCAACUUUCAGCAUCGAGGGGAAGUGUUUGGACAGCUUGCAACUCGAUACAUAACAUCGACGACGUAAAGUUCAGUUGUUCUUCCUCACGGAUCACCAAGUGCAUGUUUCUGGAUCGCGAAGCUGGCUUUGAUAAGCAUUGGACAAAUUUUCCCGAGAAAACGUUGUCAAGAUAUGGGAGUUCGAGUCGUCAUAUCU